UUAAAAGGGAAGCUAGAUACAGAUGAGCCCAUCGGGGUAGUGGCAGAAGAAGCUAGAUAUGUCUGCGAUGGGUCUUGUCUAAGGAGAUGAACAAGGUAACAUAGAUGCUCGAGCCUUUUCAGGGUUGCAAAAUCUUGAAAAUGUAACUGCUCUCCAAAGGUUGAGCACUGAGUAACAAGGAAAUGAAUCAUAGAAGUAUCAGCUCUGCGUCCAUUUCAUACAUGUUAACUUUUUUAAUAAACCAAAAGACAAUAGUAGGAAGACAUGACAUCGUUCAUUCUUCAUUUUAUCGCAUCUAACGUUUGAUCAUCGCUAGUGACUGGACCCGACCGUGGACUUGGCAUCACAGAUUGGAAGGAUGAUGAUGUUUCAUAUAUUUUAUGUUGGAUAAUUAUAAACAAAUCUUAAUAUGAUUAAUAAGGUCAAACUUGACCCUCUGGGAAAGAAAGACAAUGAAAUUUGUUUAUAUAUAUACGGGGAGCAGCAACUAGACCCUGACGCAUCUUUCAUUGAUUCUGUCAACAUUAACCUGAGAGGAUCCCAAAAGCCUCUCGUCCCUUUAUAUCCUCAAUUUUUUUUUAUACUCCAUGUAUUUCACGUGUGAUGUACACCAACAUUACCCAGAAGCCAACUUGUUCUUGUAAUCCUUUUUUUUUGUACGCCUUCUCCUUCUACUGAAAAGUUGGACUCAUCUUCUUCUUCAUAUUAACCGCACUCCUCUGUUUAAUAUAUAUACAUAUCCACCAUCCUACAUAGACAGACAGAAAUAUAUCUUACAUUGUCUGUUUUUUCCUUCUUCUGCAAGAAAUAAAAAAUAAUAAUAUUAAGGGAUGGGUUUCUUAGAGUUAUUAGAGGUGGCUUCAAUGCCAAUCGUUCAAGUUCUCCUAAUCAGCGUCCUUGGUGCUUUCUUGGCAACUGAUUACUGCUCUCUUCUCUCCGCUGACACCCGAAGAUCCGUGAACAAGCUCGUCUUCGUGGUCUUCACCCCCUGCAUCAUGUUUGCCAAUCUUGCCCAGACUGUCACAUUGCAGGAUAUUAUUUCAUGGUGGUUCAUGCCCAUAAAUGUUGGAAUCACUUUUCUAGUAGGAGGCAUUCUUGGAUGGUUGGUUGUGAAACUGCUGAAUCCCAAACCUCAACUUCAUGGUCUCAUAAUCGCUACAUGUGCCUCAGGCAAUAUGGGAAACCUUAUGAUUAUUUUGGUCCCUGCCAUUUGUGAUGAGGAAGGCAGUCCUUUUGGGAAUCGAAGUGUCUGCAGAUCCAUUGGACUAUCCUACUCAUCUUUCUCUAUGGCCCUCGGGGGUUUCUAUAUUUGGACAUACAGUUACCAACUUGUGAGAAGCUCAGCUACACAGUUCAAAGCUCUUGGCUUGGUCAAGUCUGCCAACAAGGACAUGGACUCUGAUGAUCCCCGCAGUCUUCUUCUCCCGAAGCCGCAACAAAAUCAAGACAUUGAAAUCCAAGUUAAAGAAAAGGUGUCUACUAGGACAUACAUCAAGGACUUGCUCCAUCAGAUUCUUGAGGAACUCUUCGCGCCACCCACUGUUGGUGCCAUUCUUGGUUUCGUCUUCGGAGCAACCAACUGGCUGAGGAAUCUUAUAAUAGGGGAGAAUGCCCCGUUGCGAGUCAUCCAAGAUUCAGUGAAACUACUAGGGGACGGCACAAUACCUUGCAUCACACUCAUACUGGGAGGCAACCUGAUUCAGGGUCUGCGUUCCUCAGCUGUGAAAACAUCAGUGAUUGUAGGAGUGAUCUGUGUGAGGUAUAUCAUCCUUCCAGUGGUUGGGGUAGGGGUCGUUCAGUUAGCAUGGAGUUUAGGCUACCUUCCUCCAGACCCUCUCUUCCGAUACGUUCUCAUGCUUCAGUUCACACUGCCGCCUGCUAUGAAUAUCAGUACAAUGGCACAGCUGUUUGAUGUGGCUCAAGAUGAGUGUUCGGUCAUCUUUUUGUGGACCUACCUGGUUGCAUCCUUAGCCCUCACCAUGUGGUCAACUAUAUUCCUCUCCAUCCUCUCCUGACUCUGAUGGAGUUGGUUGUAUUGAUUGAUUUGUUAAUACUUUUGAGUGAUUGGGUUGCCAAAUAAAAGCAGAGAAAUAAGUAGGCCUGGCAAAAAAACUGAAACUGAAAAAACGAACCGAAACCUACCAAAAUUCUCAAAUAUCCGAAUGUUUAUAUAUUUCUAUAUCCAAAAUAAUCAAACCGAACCCAAAACCAAACGGAUAUCCAAAUAUAUUAAAAUAUUAGUUAUAUAUACAUAUACCAUAACUAUAUAUAUAUAU